UGCCUCCAUGACGAACAUGUUUGAGAUCACUGUUUCUGUCAAAUGUGGGUUUGUCCGAUGUGACUGUAACGGUUUAAAUGAACUGAAAUGAACAACUGAAAUGAAUUAUAGUUUACAUGGGAUAAGCAUUACAUGUCAUAACUCGGGUUAUGAAUGACCGUUUACCUGUUACGUUGAAGCACCAAAGGUGAUCGAUCCAAUGGCACUGGCCAGUUUGCGUCUCUGUGGGCGACAGAGAUUCCUUUUGGGUUGCCGUGGAUACACGACACCUAGCAGCGCGCCGAGGAAAAGAGAGCGAAAAGAAGACGGCCCGGUGUUUCAGUAUGUGGGUCAACAUAAAAAGCCCACUGAGAAAGUCUUUGUCUGGGGCUUCAGCUAUACUGGAGCCUUAGGGAUCCCCAGCUUUGUGGUUCCUGACAGCGGUAGGAAAAAACCGAGAAAAUACCAACUCACGCCCUAUCGGUUGGAUACUGAACAGAAGAUAACCUCAGCAGCGUGUGGGUAUGGCUUUACACUUCUGGCCUCUAAGACACGAGACCUGACUAAAGUAUGGGGAAUGGGCCUCAAUAAAGAUUCCCAGUUGGGUUUUCAACGCACCCAGCAUGACCGCAAUAAGAGCUAUGAUUAUGUUCUGGAACCUUCCCCUGUGGCGCUCCCAUUGGCUAAGCCCCAGGAGACGCAGGUAAUCCAAGUGUCAUGUGGUCGGGCUCACUCGCUGGUGCUCACGGACGCAGAAGGAGUGUUCAGUAUGGGCAAUAAUUCUUAUGGUCAGUGUGGGAGGAAGAUUAUAGAGGAUGAGAUCUACAGCGGGAGCCACAUCAUCCAUAAGAUCGAAGGGUUUGACAGCCGCGUCACUCAGGUGGCCUGUGGGCAGGACCACAGUCUGUUUCUCACAGAGACAGGCACAGUGUAUGCCUGUGGGUGGGGGGCAGAUGGACAGACAGGUCUCGGGCACCAUAACAUGGCCUCCUGCCCAAUGGCGGUCGGGGGUGACCUGGCAGGGGUCAAAGUGCAGCAGGUGACCACGUACGGAGACUGCAGCCUCGCCGUGUCCAGUGACGGCCACCUUUUCGGUUGGGGCAACUCAGAAUACCUCCAGCUAGCUUCUGUUACGGAAUCGACACAGAUUAGCUCUCCACGUCAGCUCCCACUGGAGGGGGUAGGCAAGGUGACGCAGGCUGCUUGCGGUGGUACGCAGGUAGCCGUCCUCAACGACAGAGGAGAAGUUUUUGUUUGGGGUUAUGGUAUUCUUGGAAAAGGUCCGAAUUUGUCCGAAUCUGAGCGACCUGAGAGGGUCCCCGCCACUCUGUUCGGGAGGUCAGAGUUUAACCCCACGGUGAAGGUGUCUCGCAUCCACUGUGGACUCAACCACUUUGCAGCCAUUACAGAUCGGGGAGAGCUGUUUGUGUGGGGAAAGAAUGUGAGAGGUUGUCUUGGCAUCGGGAAACGAGAUGACCAGUACUUUCCAUGGCGGGUGACGGUGCCAGGUCACGUGGUGGAUGUGGCUUGUGGUGUUGACCACAUGGUGGCGCUGGUCAAGUCCUUGAUAUAAAACAUCAAUCAAAACCAGAACCAAAACGACUCUCCUGUCCUAACCUUACCUGUCAGCGACUGCUCCCGGUGACUCCAGAUCCUACACUGGUCCAGGUCCCUGGGACUCUGUGUAUUCCAGUAGUUUGGGGUCUGUGGACACCCUAGACAGCUUCCUAUUGGAUGGAGCCACACACACACACACACACACACACAGUAAGCACGCCUAGGGCACAGCCCAUGUGACGCAGGGUUUGCGUGCGACGCCUCGUCUGCCCUUUUGUCUCUCCAUUUCGGCUCAAAACGCUCUCCGAGGUGAAACGGAUGUCCUAUUCACGACCUGCAUGUUUUAUGAGGACAAUCAAUUUUUUUUUUUUUUUUUGCACAAGCAAGAAAAGAACUCACUGAAUUCGACGCAUGUGAUACCGAGUUAACCUUUUUUGACCUCGGCUCUCUCUGGCAGCGUGGCUGAAAACCGCUCAUCCGAUUCCCCCCCGCUGCUGCAGCGCACAGCCAAGGGGUUUAUUAUCCACUCAGGGGAUGUAGGUGCUGACAGAAACUGAAACACACGUGGUAUCGCUGCCUAUAAGCAAAGGAAACUUGACAUCUUUCCCAAUGUAAAUUCCCAUGAUGUUUUCCUUCGUUUUUUUUUUUUCCCUGUGAAAGCGCUGUAAAGUCUAUAUGAAGAUUUAUCUGAGUUACAAAUGCUGGUUACUUAUUAAAAACAUCAACAG